AGAUCCUUUCCCUUAAGUCUAAAGCCUGAGGCCCGAGGUCAGAGGAUUCUGGAAGGCUACAGUCGGCCCAGGAGGGCGGGGUCCCGUGGUGGAGGCGGGGAGAGGGAAGGACCGCAUCGAGCACCAACCCCACUCGGCCCCGUACCAGGAAGCGCUGGGGGGCAGAGGAGCGGAGUUGAGACCGAAGCCAGGAUGGUGGUGCCGUCGCUGAAGCUUCAGGACCUCAUCGAAGAGAUUCGCGGGGCCAGGACUCAGGCCCAGGAGCGGGAGGUGAUCCAAAAGGAGUGCGCCCACAUUCGGGCGUCCUUCCGCGACGGGGACCCAAUGCUCAGGCACCGGCAGCUGGCCAAACUGCUCUACGUCCACAUGUUGGGCUACCCCGCCCACUUUGGACAGAUGGAGUGCCUGAAACUGAUCGCCUCCUCCAGAUUCACAGACAAGAGGGUGGGCUACCUGGGGGCUAUGCUUCUAUUGGAUGAGAGGCACGAUGCCCACCUGCUCAUUACCAACAGCAUCAAGAAUGACCUGAGCCAGGGGAUUCAGCCAGUACAAGGCCUGGCCCUGUGCACUUUGAGCACCAUGGGCUCUGCUGAGAUGUGCCGAGACCUGGCCACAGAGGUGGAGAAACUGCUUCUGCAGCCCAGCCCCUACGUGCGCAAGAAGGCUAUUCUGACUGCCGUGCACAUGAUCCGGAAGGUCCCCGAACUCUCCAACGUCUUCCUCCCACCCUGUGCCAAACUGCUUCACGAGCGCCACCAUGGCAUCCUGCUGGGCACCAUCACGCUGAUCACGGAGCUCUGCGAACGAAGCCCUGAAGCCCUCAGGCACUUCCGAAAGGUGGUACCCCAGCUGGCACAGAUUCUCCGGACUCUGGUGACAACGGGAUGCUCCACAGAACACAGCAUAUCUGGAGUCAGCGACCCCUUCCUGCAGGACCAAGGGACCUGUGGAGGUGAGGGACAGGGAGGCUCUAGAGAGCGAGCUGGACCCUCACAGUGCCCUCCUCCACGUUGGAGUUUUCUCUUCAGCCAUGUGACUCCUUAUCCUAUGAACUCCUCCACCUUUCAACUUUCAACCCAACCUCAGGUCCAGAUACUUCGUCUGCUUCGGAUCCUGGGCCGGAAUCAUGAGGAGAGCAGUGAGACCAUGAAUGACUUGCUGGCCCAGGUAGCCACUAACACAGACACCAGCCGAAAUGCGGGGAAUGCGGUUCUGUUUGAGACGGUACUCACCAUCAUGGACAUCCGCUCUGCAGCUGGGCUACGGGUUCUAGCUGUCAACAUUCUUGGCCGUUUCCUACACAACAGUGACAGGAACAUUAGGUAUGUAGCCCUGACGUCACUGCUUCGGCUGGUGCAGUCUGAUCAUAGUGCUGUGCAGCGGCAUCGGCCCACUGUGGUGGAAUGUCUACAGGAAACUGACGCCUCCCUUAGCCGGAGGGCCCUGGAACUAAGCCUGGCUCUGGUAAAUGGCUCCAAUGUGCGAGCCAUGAUGCAAGAGCUGCAGGCCUUUCUGGAGUCCUGCCCUCCUGACCUACGGGCUGACUGUGCCUCAGGCAUCCUGCUGGCUGCAGAGAGGUUUGCUCCAACCAAACGCUGGCACAUAGACACCAUCCUGCAUGUGCUGACGACGGCGGGCACCCACGUGCGGGAUGAUGCAGUGGCCAACCUGACUCGGCUGAUUGGGGGGGCCCAGGAGCUACAUGCCUACUCUGUGCGCCGCCUCUACAAUGCCCUGGCAGAAGACAUCUCCCAGCAACCACUGGUGCAGGUGGCAGCCUGGUGCAUUGGAGAGUAUGGGGACCUCCUACUGCAGGGGAACUUCGAGGAGAUUGAGCCCCUUCAGGUGGAAGAAGAGGAAGUGCUGGCAUUGCUGGAAAAGGUGCUGCAGUCCCAUAUGUCCCUGCCAGCCACCCGAGGAUAUGCCCUCACAGCCCUCAUGAAGCUCAGCACCCGCCUCCGUGGGGACAACAACCGCAUCCGCCAGGUGGUGUCCAUCUACGGGAGCUGCUUGGACGUGGAGCUGCAGCAGCGGGCUGUGGAGUAUGACACACUCUUCCGGAAGUACGACCACAUGAGGGCUGCCAUCCUGGAAAAAAUGCCUCUUGUGGAACAAGGUGACCCUCAGGUUGAUGAGGAAGUACAGGAAAGCAAAGCAGCAGCCCAGCUUUCAGAAGCAGCCCCAGCGCCCACAGAGUCCCAGGCCUCACAGCUCCUGGAUCUGCUAGAUCUCCUGGAUGGGGCUUCUGGGAAUGCCCAGCAUCCUCCCCUUCUGGACCCCUCUCCAGGAGGUGCCCUGGUACACCUGCUUGACCUUCCCUGUGCACCUCCACCCCCAGCUCCCAUCCCAGAUCUCAAAGUGUUUGAGCGUGAGGGAGUACAGCUGAAUCUGUCUUUCAUUCGACCCUCUGAAAACCCUGCUUUGCUGUUAAUCAUCGUCACUGCCACCAACUCCUCAGAGAGUGAUGUUACCCAUUUCAUCUGCCAGGCUGCUGUGCCCAAGAGUCUCCAGCUGCAGCUGCAGGCCCCCAGUGGGAACACAGUUCCAGCUCGGGGUGGCCUUCCUAUCACUCAGCUCUUCAGAAUCCUCAAUCCUAACAAGGCCCCCCUGCGGCUAAAGCUGCGCCUCACCUACAACCACUUUGGCCAGUCGGUGCAGGAGAUUUUUGAGGUGAACAACUUGCCUGUGGAAUCGUGGCAGUAACUGUCUUCACUCACAGCCUGAAAUUGUCCUGUGUCCCAAACCCCAGGGGGCCCCAGCAGUUUGGAACCUACCCCUGAGGGCUACCAGCAGGUGGCGCUCUGGCUUUGCACUGCAAAAACGGGACCAGCCCUGUUCUCCCACAAAUGAAGCCCAAUAAAGCCUGAGAGGGGAGGAAAGCCA